AUUAUUUCCACCGUACUUUAGACCUACAGUACUGUGUUCUGGAGCUCUAAGUGGUACACCUCCACUCACGUUCCCCAUCUCUCUAUCUCGUUGCCUUUCUCCAAAGGUCGACUGUGUGGAACAUGUCAGGACGGGUACGGAGUGACCCUUGACCUCCAGCAGUGUGAACAGAACUGCGGCGCCGGACUAGCUGUCUUCAUCAUCCUCUGUCUGCUGGUUGUGGCAGUGUCAUUUCUGAUCAUGUUCUUUGAUAUCGAACUCCCCAAUGAACUGAAGGGGUUUCUAUUCUAUGCACAGGUUAUUGGACUGGUGUAUAGACCGUAUGCCGUUGUCCAGACGACGACUAAUGCCUCCUCAACACUCCUCUCCAUUCUGGUCAACCUACUCGGAUUCAGUCUUCCAUUUCCACUCUGUCUCUCCACACAAGUCCCCGCCCACUACGUGGCUCUCCUUGGUUACAUCUCUCCCAUUCUCGCCAUGGCGACUGUUGCUAGCUACAUAUUCAGUGCGAGGUUUAGUAAACAUCUCAGCAACAGAUCGUCUCUGAAAGGAAUCACUUUUCUCUCUCUCUUCAUCUACAAGUACAUCGCGGACACUGCCUUCAUUUUCAUCAGCUGUAACCAGACCGAGUUUGGGCUGGUGUUCCAGUAUGAUGGGUCAGUAAAGUGCACCAGUCCAGAGUUUGCUGUCUUUGCUGUCAUCGGCCUGUUACUAGUCAUCUUGUUUGUCACUCCUGCUCCAUUUGCCAUCGGCUACAUCUGCAUCAGAAGACCUCAGAGGUUCAAACAGUAUGCAGACAUCCUCACAAAGGGCGUGCAGCCGCGUCAUUGGUGGUGGGGCGGGUGGGACAUUGGUCGCCGACUUCCCUUUGUCUUCUUCGGGUUCUUCCUCGUCCUCCUCCGACCUUCGCUUGUCCUGGCGAGUCUCGUUUCUUCUUCAACAAAGCAGCAUGCUGAUGAUUAACCUCUUCCUUCCUCCCCCAGUUCCUGAUGAGCCUCGCAGCUCUGACUGUUCUGAUCGUCCACCUGUUUGUCAAACCGUACGAGAAGAUGUACAUCAAUGUCAUAGAGACGGCCAUCCUCCUCAACCUCCUCAUGGUGACAGCUGCAUUCCUGGAUCCUUCCGGAAGACCCAUCCCCGAAUGGCUCUCCUCUAUACUUGUUGUUCUGCCGUACUUGUAUGCAGUGGGGUAUGUGGGUUGGAGGAUUUCCCGCACAUUAUG